GCGUCUGGUUCAUCGGAUAACACUGUGCGGGUGUGGGAUGCAGCAACGGGACAGCCAUUGGGUGAGCCCUUAGAGGGGCACACUGGAUGGGUUUGGUCAUCUCGUUCUCACCGGAUGGUAGUCGCAUCGCGUCUGGUUCAUCGGAUAAUAUUGUGCGGGUGUGGGAUAGAGUGAACGUGCAACCAUCCCCAUCCCCCCAGUCCAUAAACUCAGAUCCCUCCGCAUUUUCGCUGCAUCGAAGCACCUUAUAUCCCACCCAAGAAAGCCGCAUCAUACCAACCAACGUUUGUAACGCUCGUCUCAUUUCCUUCUCUUCUAACCUGGAACAUGCUCUGCCCAACCCCGUUGACUUGCUCGAACCCACCUCACAUCACGAUUCUAAUUCAGCCCCUUUCUUGCUGCGGCCUGAUGGAUGGGUGAUGGGACCCAAUUAUCAACUCCUCUUCUGGGUGCCUCCAGCUUCCCGAAAUCGAUUUUAUUUUCCUGGCACUGUAAUGGUAAUCCCGAGAGCAGGCGUCGAGCUUGAUUUGAGCCAUAUGGCACAUGGGACGCGCUGGUCGAGUUGCCGAGAUGCCUCCACGUAACGACGAUUUUAUGGUCGCAAUAUUCAGUUUACCACUUAAUUCUUUGAUUCCUUAUCAGUGUUAUACCUAGCAUCGAGCUUGAAUUUACAGUUGUCUGGCUGUCAGAA